ACCCACAUCUACACUGGACUGGGAAACCUGGAAAAUUUUGUUCAACUCGGAAGUGUCAGAACAUGUUUAAUGCUUUUAUAUGACAGGACGACAAAAGUAACACUUCAUUCAAAGCAUUAACGUCGUCUGUCGUGUUUUGGUCGUUUUUUUCGCUAGCUUACUUAGCUAGCCACCUGUUGCUCCAGCGAGCAUCUUUGUUUACAUUUUGCGACCAUAGCAAAGCUAGCCGACAUGCUUUACAUGCUCUCAUCACUGCUGUUUAACACGUAACGUUAUAUCGAUGAGUAGUUAUGUGAUGUUUUUUUCACUUAUGCAACUAUUCACACAAGUUGUUGGACUGAAACUCAACUGAAAGCUUAACCUCAGUAAGCCAAGACAAGGUGUUAAAUAGCUGAAAUUUGACAUGAACCCAUUAUUAGUCUAAUGUUUGAAAACGAAGAGAGUUCAAGUGAAGAUGUGGACAGUUUGAGGGAUCUGCUUACACUGACGGAGAUCAGCCUGCAAAGUGUGGGACAACAACUGAGUCAGUCAGGACAUGAUGAUGAGUGUGUGCAGCCAAGUCUUGAUCACCUGACCUUACAGUACCUGCAGACCCCUGAUGGUCCUCUGUAUCAGCCAGGGUGUGUUUGUCAGGAGAGGCGUCUCAGCGGGACAGUUGAGAGACGUGCUGCUGGCAGUCUCAGCCCAUCAUCCACCAACUCUAGGUCUGCCUCAGUUAAGGCGAGGUCACUAGAGAUGGAGUCUGUUGCUGCAAGGAGGAAGUUGGGCUGUGUGCGUCAGGAGAACGCCUGCCUGACCAUGCAGGAUGAAGAGCUCAUCAGUGACCUGGAUGCCAUGCAGUAUGAAUUGGUCACCUCCAAGUCUCAGGUCUGUCACCGAGGUCCCAGGGUUGGGGUUAAAAACAAUGCAGCAGUCAUGAGUGAGCAGAUCCGUCGUCUUGAAGCAGAGCUGGAGGCUAAUGCCAAAGAACUAAAGGCAGCCAAGCUCAGGAUUGAGUGUUGUCAGGAAGCAGCCGCUCACAGUGACAUUGUGGCGGCGGCUGUCACUGAUGAACUGAGAACAGUCAGAGAAGAGUUGGACAACUUGAUAACGCUGUGCAAAAGGGCGGAGCAGCAAAGGAACCAAGCACUUCAAAAUGCAGAAAAACUCAAAGAUGCUUUCAAAGAGUACAAGGCCACCAUUUCCAUUAAACUCCAGAGGGUGAUGGAGAGUGAAAGCAAGUUAAAAGAGAGUCUUAUUGAGUGUGACAGAGAGAAGGAAGAGUUGGAAAUGAAAUGUACUCUGUUGGAGAGAGAGAAUGUAGAACAUAUUCAAACAAUCAGCAAACUCAAGGAGGAGAUGAAGCAGGCAAAGUCCUCGGCUGCUGAGCGCUCGGCCCUCCAGGCUCAGCUGGAAGAGGCCGGGCGACGGGCCUCAUAUCUGGAGCAGCAGCUUGUGGAGCGGGCUGCAGAGUGCAGGGAGACGACCUCUGUGCGCAGAGAGCUGGAAGACCUGCGGACUCUGACCCAGAGCCAGGAGCAAAGGGUGGCCCAGAGCCACAUAGAGGCUCAGCAGAGCCAGGCAGAGCUGGCCAGCUUGGAGGCCACACUGGCCCUGCUGCAUCUACGAGAGGGUGCUGUGGGGUCACUCUGUGUCAGGCCUUGCACCUUGCCUACAUUUGACUAUUCAGGAACUACACACCUGCUGAAGCUAAAGCCAGGUGAAGGCUACCAGCAGCUGCUGCGAGUGCUGCAGUCAGUCGACACUGAACGGGCUAAACAGAGCAACCUGGUGGAGCGACUUCAGGAGCGUCUGAGCAGAGCACAGGAGGAGAUCUCCUCCCUGCAGGGCUCCAUGGCCCAGAGAGCCUCCCAUUACCAGAGCCUCCACACGGAGCUGCUGGACAAAGUCAGCCAAGCCACUGACACAGAGAAAGAAUUGAAGAGGAAAAGUGCACGAGCAUCUGCGCUGGAAAAACAGUUACAGGAGAAAACAUCAGCCUACAGUCUGGCUGCACUGAAGAACACUGAGCUGGAGAACCAGCUAGCGGAGAAUACCAGCACUCUUCAGCAUUACCAAUCACUGAUGACCAAAAAGCAAAGAGAGUACCAGCAGUCUUUGGAGAAGUGUAAAAAAUCACAAGCUCAACAAUGCACAGAGCAACAGCACAGAAUAGAAAUGUUGCAGUUGUCUGUAGAGGAGGCUCAGUCUCGGGUGUUGGAGAUAGAACAGGAGCUGACUUCUCUCCAGAAGGAACGAGACGAGGCGCAGAGAGCAGCUUUGCUUUUGCAGAGCUCCGUGGAACAACUCACACAGGAGAGGCAGGUUGAAAUGAGGGACAAUGAUGAGUUGCUACAGAGUUUCAAGGAGCAGGCACUUGACUCUGCUUCCAAGGUGUGUGAGCUACAAUCGUCUCUGUCAGCAUGUAGAGAGGAGCUGAACUUGUAUCAGCAGCAGAUGGAGGAAGUAAAGAAGAUCUAUGAGACUGAGCUGCAGUGGAACAAUGACAAGGUACAGCAUUUUACGCCCCUCACAGCCUGCAAGAGAGUUCAUUUGCACUUCUUCCUCUUCUGUUUGUGCAAAGUCAACUUCUCAAGCAGAUCUUCCCCUUUGCUCCUUCCUCUCCAGGUUUCUUCUCUGCAGGAAAAGCUUCACACUGCCAGCCUGGAUUGUCAGACCUCCAGUGAGCAGAACCUGCAGCUUCAGCUUUCUCUCCAGCAGCAGCAGACCAUGUUGACUGAGAGCACUGCCCGCAUCGCUGAACUGGAGGAGAGCCAGAGCCAGCUGCAAAGACAAGUGUCCUCCCUGGAGCAGCAGCUGGAACGGAUCCGGACGUCACUGCAGGACGAGGUGAGGAACAGAGAGCGGGACUCUCAGGAGAAAGACAAGGACCUGCAGGAGGUCAACCAACAGAACACACAACUGUCUGAGACUGUCAGCCAUCUGACAUCAGAGAUGACAAAGUGUCGAGGGGAGCUGGUGUCUAAAGAGUCGGAGCUGCAGCGUCUUAGGUGGGACGUCACUGCCAAGACAUCUCAGAUCAGCCGCAUGGAGGAGAGUCUGCAACAGACAAAGAGCCUGCUUGACAGCAAGAGCGAGAUGGUCGCAGAUCUGGAUGAGAAGCUCCAUCGCUCUGAGGCAGACAGGCUGAACUGUGCCCAGCGGGUCAAGGUCCUAGAGGGACAGCUGCAGGCAGUGCGUGGAGAGUUGGCUGACACUCUGGAGCAGCUACGGGAACUCAGGGAUGUUCUGCAGAGAACCCAAACCAUCUCUGAUGAGCGGCAAACUGCGGUGGAAAAUCUGACUGUCGCACUUAGUGAAACACGGAGGGAGUUGGAGGAGAGAACUCAUGAGGUCUUAGACAUGGACAGUGCACUGAAGGAAAGACAGGGGGAGCUCCAACAGAGAGCAAAUCUGCUGGGCCAGCUGGAUGUAGCCAUCAAAGAGCACAAGCAGGAGAUGGAGAGGAAGGUGGAGUCUCUGCAGCAGAACCUGGAGGCCAGAGAGAGCAAGCUGAGAGACACACAGAGGGAGCUCACGGACAGAAAAACGAAGGAGUCCCAAGAGCUCAGCCAGCAGCUGCGUGUGUGUCAGCAGAAACUUCAGACUUUACUACAAGAACUUGAAGAAACUCAGCGUCACUGUGAUGCUCUGACCAGAGAGCUGGACGCCACCAAGCUGCAGACAAAGGAGAAGGAUAUCCGGCUGUGUCGUGUGGAGGAAGAGCUGGCUCUAAAGGAGGCGCGCUGGCUGCAGUCGGAGGCCGGCCUGCAGAGCAUGGUCACCUCUCUAGAGCAGGAGCUGGAGCUGGAGAGGGAGCAGCACAGCAAGGAGCUGGAGUCUCUGCAGCAGACUCGAGGCCAGCUCCUCAAAGUCUCUGAGCAGAUCUCCUCCUCCAUGCGCUCCUCCCAGGAACAGCUCACCGCUAAACUUCAGCAGAGCCAGACCCAGCUGGAGCAAGCCAAGGCUCAGUACGACCAGACCAAAUCCCAGCUGGAACAAACUAAGGCUGAUUUGAAACACACCCGGACCAAAGCCAGUCACCUCCAAGCACAGUUAGACCAGAGUCAGACCCAGCUCCUCCAGAGUAAAACCCAGUUGGAGCAGAGCAGGACUCUGUACGAGCAGGCCAAGGCUCAGAACAAUCACCUCCAUGUGCAGCUGGAGCAGCUCAGUGCUCAGCUCAAUCAAGCCAGAGUCCAGACUGCUCGGCUCCAGGCUCAGCUCCACACCUCAAAGAAGUCCAUAGAGACCUCCAAUGAGUCCCUGCUCAUCAAGGAGUCUGAAGUGACCCGUCUCCAAGCCAGGAUCUCCAGUCUGGAGCGAGCUGCUGACCGCCAGAACCUGACUCCGCACGACCACGCGCUCUCCCUCCCUGCUCUGAACAAACUCACACACUCCCCAGAUCACUCCUGUUUUGUUCAAUCCCGUCCUUCCUUACCCAAAAGGCUUCAAACAAUUGUCCACUCUCCUUCACUUGCUCGCUCAACUUUCAGACAAACGUGCUCGUCACCCCCAGCUCACACAGACCCUCAUCUGUCAGACCAAACUGAAAGCCACCAAACUUGCAAUUGGAUGCAGAGCAGCAGUAUCGACUCCUCCCUGGAUCUCCCUCUGAGCCUGAAGGCCACAUUGAGGGAGGCACUGCACCACCAGCCAUGGGAAACCUCCUCCCCCUCUCUCAUCUCAUCUUUGCCAGACACAGCUGGCUGCAGCUGGCAGGGCCUCAGCAGUACGGACGUCACGGUAACCUCCGACCUCUCCUUCAACCCCCUCACAUACAUGGUGGACAGGCAAGAAGACAGAAACCUUGACAGGGACGCUACCUUGAUGCAGGAGCGAGAUGAUGAGCAGAUGAGUGAGUCGAGGAGGGAGUCCGUGUGUAUUCUGGUAGGUCAGGAGGAGGAGGGGAUGGACAUGAGUUCACUGACGGGGAUGCUGAGGUUCGUUAACCAGACGUUAGCGAUGCAGGAGGACCUUUCCUCGUGGAGCUCCGCAGGGUUAUCCCAGAGUGGACACAGGGUUUCACUCCAGAGCGACGUCAAGGAGACAUGAAGCAGAGAGAAGAGCUGUUUACAUCGUUUUCCUCAUUGUGUAUGUCAGUGUACAUUAGCUAUAUAUUUUAGUCCCACAUUCAUUAACAUUCCUUGUAAGUCUGUUCCAUUAAUGUAUGAUAAGAUCAAGCUGCAAUAUUGUCGGACAUGAAAAAAUUAUCAGUCCGGUUUAGUCGACCACUACUUUCUAUUCUGUAAAUGUGAAGUUUCAUACAGAUGUAGCAGCUGUGUUUUAUGU